AUGACAAGGGCAAGGGAAGUUUGGAGACACCUUGUCGAGCAAUACGUGGUGUCCAACGCCGUUCGUCCGAGAUUGGAACGCCCAAUUUCUUUGUACUCGUCUUUAGAGCUCGAGGCUCUCCUUCUCAGAUGGAUGAGCGCGCAUCGUGCGUUGAACGCAAAGACGUUCCAAACUGCUCGAGAACGUGAGUUCAAAAUCACAGAUGCCCACCGUGUGCACCUUGGUGCGGGAGGGCGCUGGCUUUUCGUCGCAAGCUCAAAGGCAGGAAUAACCUACUACGACCUCGACUCCGACUCAUCGGAGUCACCAUCUGGAGUGGAACUCAUUCCAAAUCAGAUAGCGCAUACUUGUCCUUCCUGGGUUCAGGUGACCAUCGAAGAUGACAUGCAAUCCCCCUUUGUCGGGUUUUCAGUGGCUUUCGCCCUCUCUAGCCAUGAAUAUUCCACCGGCGCUACGGAAAAUUGGCACCAUUUUCAAAUAUGGCGCGUUGAGGCAGUUUUGGAUGGCAUGCAACGCGUUAUAGGGUUGAAGGCUACGCAGAUUGCUUCUUUCCCUCAUAUACACAGGAUUGCUCCUCAUUGUUCGAUUUCGCUUCGUGGACCGCAUCUCGCUUUCCAUGUUAUGGCCGCUCGCGAGUAUUACGUGUGUGUGGUCGACUGGAGGCAGGCCAACAGCCUACCUUCGAAGUACCCAUUUCGUGUAGCACAACGGGCAUCGUUUCCAUCAGUGAGCUUGAUAUACCACUCAGUAUCAAUAAUGUCCGCUAAUCCAUUUUUCAUUUAA